UCCCACACUCCUAGAGAAGCCGGAAGCAGAUUCUUUCUGGAGCCGGAUGUAGGUGAGCUCUAAGGAACGAAGGUAGCGAUGAAGCCGGCGGUGGACGAGAUGUUUCCCGAGGGUGCGGGGCCUUAUGUCGACCUCGACGAGGCUGGAGGAAGUACAGGUUUAUUGAUGGAUCUAGCAGCUAAUGAAAAGGCGGUACAUGCAGACUUCUUUAAUAAUUUUGAAGAUAUGUUUGAUGACGACGAUAUCCAGUGAAAUGUAUCUUACAGCUAUGUGGUGCUGAAUAUUGACAUUUCUUAGAAAGACUAUGUU